AUGGCAGACCUGGAUGAAGAGGCCAUUAACCAACCUCUCAGUUCAUCGCAUGAUGCUUCUGCUAAUAUUGAUCAGGAUGUCUCCGACGAAACACAGGAUUUCCGCUUCUUAAGCACCUUUGCUACACUGUCAGACCCCACACAACCUCAGACGCUUCCUCGGCGGGGAGACAAAGACUUUGAACCCAACCCAACCCUCCACCAAGCCAAUGUCCUAACUUCCGCGCGCAAUGCAAUGCACAAUGCUCUCUCUUACCCGCGUCUACAUAACCCGAAAAGCCGAAUAAUAGGUGUCUACUAUCCUGAUGGCCUCCAGAGUGGCGCUUGUGUCUGUGUUCCCAAUCCCAAAGGACAGCAUUUUCGAACAAUAGCCCAGGCCGAUAGUUUGAAUCGUAUGUGGUUGCUGCCAGAAGAAGCGCUCUAUUUGCUUGAGAGAGGCAGCCUGGACAUUAGAUGGCCGGCAGAGGAAACUUGGGAGAAAGGAAUACCAGAGACUUCUUCGUUUGAGCUGGAGGGGACCGUUCCUAUGAGUCUACAAGCUGCAUAUGCGUGUUUCCUUGGUCGUAGCGGUUUGACCAUGGAAAGAUUCUCGGUGUACUCGGGAUUGAGACGAGGAGGUUAUGUUGUCGUUCGAGCUGAUACUUGGGAUGAAGAAAAUUGCCCUACAGAUUUUCAGACACAAACAGAAUCUAAGAAGCCAGUGCCAACACCUGCUCCUGGGGUUAUGAAUGAUAUUUACCGCUCUCUAUCCAUUAUACCUGCAUAUGACCCUUCUCACCCUGACGAUGAAAUCAACAAAAAUCCUCCGUCCUCUCCUUACAAAAUAGCAUUCUAUGUUUAUAAACCCUCUACGCCAUAUAAGAAAUCUAACCCAGGCCCACCAGACUUUAGACUUGCUGUUGUCGAUGCCCGGUCGAACCCCGUUAUCCCCACGCUUGAGAAUCUAAGCGCUCUUCUGGCUAGUACUCCACAAGACCCUCCUCGUGGCGAGAAGAUGGAUCGAUUACUCUAUAUGCGUCUUCGACACGGGUAUCGAAACGUGAUAUUAGCGGUGGUAGAUCAGGGGGUCGUUAGUUAUUUGCGUAUCAGCGACGCUGGGUUUAUGAAGGAGCCUUUAUAUUCGCAGAAAAGGAACCUUGGACCUGGAAAUAAAGGAGAUUCUAACUUUUGUUCCCUUCCAGCCAUCAUCAUUGAUAUAGAUCCAAACCAAAGAGAGGAAAUAUAUGACCAAACUGAUCUCAAGGGGCGUUUAAUAUACCCAUUCUUCUUAGACAUUCCGUUGAACGAUGUGGCAGACCACAGAAUGUAA